AUGCCGGGGGAGUCGCACUGCAGUGCAGACCCCCGGCCCUGCGCAGACAAGGUCCUGACAGAGCUGAUCGAGCCGUACGAGCUGCGAGUGGCGAAGCUGCGCGAGUUCCUGGAGGAUGUGAAGCCCUCGCUGCGUUACGACAUCGUGCCCCUGGCUGACCCCUAUGGCCCCUCGGUCACAGACCCCGACCUGCAGUGCUUGGUGGUCAGCGAGGAGACCCACAGGGGAGGGGAGGCUGUGAACAAGAAGAGACUUGAAAACGGGCUUCCCAAGUUGGCUCUCUACGAGAUCCUGUUGAUGAAGGACCCCGACCACAGUCAGAACGAGGAGGAGAAGAUCAGCUCCUCCAGCCUCCGACAGAGGCUGCUGGGGACGCUGCUGCGGCCCCCGCGGCAAGACCCUACCUUGCCUUCGCGCCCGUACGUGAUCGGCCUGACUGGAGGAACCGGGAGUGGGAAAACCGCCAUUGCCAAACUCCUGGGGCACCUGGGAGCGUUCCUCAUCGACGCCGACAAGCUGGGCCAUGCCGUCUAUGUCCCCAGUGGCCCUGCCUACGAGCAGGUGGUGGCGGCCUUUGGGGCAGAAAUCUUGAAUGAAGAUGGGACGAUUAACAGGAAAGUCCUUGGGGCCAAAGUGUUUGGAAACCAGGAGCGGCUGAAGAGUCUCACGGACAUUGUGUGGCCUGAGAUGGCCCGGAUGGUCAAGGAGCAGAUCGGGGAGGCAGAUGCUCAAGGAAAGGCCGUGUGCGUGCUGGACGCUGCUGUGCUGCUGGAGGCUGGCUGGCAAGACAUGGUCCAUGAGGUGUGGACGGCCAUCAUCCCGGAGGAGGAGGCUGUGAAGCGCAUCAUGGCCAGGGACGGGCUGAGCGAGGAGGCUGCUCGCAGCCGGCUGCAGAGCCAGAUGACCAACAGCCAAAGGGUGGAGCAGUCUCAGGUGGUGCUGUGCACGCUCUGGGAGCCGGACGUCACCCGCAAGCAGGUGGAGAAGGCCUGGGACCUCCUACAGCAGCGCCUGAGCCAGGAGCGCAGCCUGUGAGGGGAUCGUGCUCCUCUUGACCGUCACACGCUGACCCCACAGAUCCCACACCGGCAGGACGGGAGGCCAGGGUCCAUGUCCUGGCAUCACGCGCCACCAGUGAGCCGGCUGUGCCGGGGAGGAGCGUAGCGUGGGGGCUGAACCCACCCGCCACGUCCAGCCCCGCGGAGGGGCUGGGGGCGUCCUGCCAUCCCCUGGUGAGACGGGGGGACACUGCAGCGGCUCCACGGGCCAAAGGGCUGAGCCUGCGCUGGUGCCUGGACC